GAGGCAGAUCAGCGAGUAGAGCCUUACACGCAGAAGGUCCCAGGUUCAAUCUCUGCCAUCUGCAGGUAUACAAGAAGCUUGCCUUAUAACGGGUCAAGCCAUCUUGCUCUGUACUUCCUGCACUGGCUGGCAGCAGCUCUCCAGGGUUUCAGGCAGGGCUCUCUCCCACCCCUACCUGGUGAUGCCAGGGAUCAAACCUGGGACCUUCUGGGUGCAAGGCAAACGCUCUGGCACUGAGCUACAAGCAUUCCCUGGCCAGGCUGGGAGAGUCCUAUCUGAAAUCCUGGACAGCUACUGCCAGUCAGUGCAGACAGCACAGAGCUGGAUAGACCCAGCAGUCUGACAAUGGCAGAGAGCAGCUUCCUAUGCCCCAGCCCCCCUUUUUUCCAGCCUCUCCCUGCAAGCAGCUUGGAGGCACCAUUUGCAAUACCCACCAGGUCUCAGAGCUACACUCUGCUCUUCCAGGGCAUCAGCUGGAAGUUAAAUGAGUUUGGUUGUUGUCCUCAAACCAAGAGCUUGCUCCCAGCAGCUCAGGGCAGUGCACAAAUCUCGCUCCCCGCUGUUUCUUGGGCUCACAACGCCCCUGUGAGGUAGGCAAGGCUGUGAGAUGGCCACUGGCCUAGAGUCGCCCGUGGAGCUUCGUCAAGGCAAACCCAACCAUUAGGUAGAGGCAACUGCAGUCAAGUUGUAGGUGCUACUCAGCAGCGGUGGCCGCCCUGCUUCCACCAAACUGUUCCUCUGGAGUUCCCUUCUGUCAGAUGACAGAGCUAUGUACACCCCCUGGCCUCACCUGCCCCCCCCCCAUACCUAUGCUGCAGCAGUGGAGGACACUGUCUCCUUGCUAAGACUGACAUAAGUUUCCUCUCCCUGUCCACUUUGCUUUAUAUGCAUGCAUUUUUGUGUGUGGGGGAGUGCCAUCUUGAACUUUGCUUCAAGCAACAGACUGGCUAGCCCUGAACCUCCUGGCUGAGCAAAUAUCUGAACUCAGCUCUCCCUGGUCCUCAUUUGGACAUUCUAACCACUAUACCACACUGUCACUUGGCACCACCCCAAAAUUAUUUGCUUUCGGUUCUCCAUAUUUCUACUUUGCUUUGCGGAUUUUUAACUUUGCAUUGUCACCUUGUUGCGUAACCCCCACCGGGACCUUCUGGUAAAAGGUGGGGCUGAAAUCGAAGAGAUCAAAAUCGGCAUCCGUAUUUUGGACGGUUGUUCAAUUUCUGUGCAUUUGGACACCUCUUAAGGUGAACCACAUUUUGCAAGAUGCUCCUGAGAUCGAGGAGCCAGUUACCACCGAUGUUUAGAAACAAUGGGAAGCCAUUUUGAAACAAGAUGGCGGACCCAACCUUUUACAACCACAUUGGUUUUAUCCAAAUUUUGCGUGAUGCUUCUUGAGAUCAUGGAGCUGGUUUUCUGCUACGUUUGGAAGAGAGGGCUGUCGAUGGCUACUAGACAUGAUGUUUACGUUCUGCCUCUUCAGCUGGUGGCUGCAAUGCUUCUGAAUACCAGUUGAUGGAAACCCCAGGAGGGGAAAAUCCUCAAAUCCUGCUUGCUGCUUUGCCACAAGCAUCUUGUCAGCCACUGUGAGAACAGGUAUCUGAAUGAGAUGAGCCACUGGCCUGAUCCGGCAGGAUCUUUUUGAGUUCUUAACUGGGCGCCAUUUUGAAUCAAGAUGGCGGAUUGAACCUUUCCAAAUCCCACCGAUUUUAAGCAAAACUCCACUGUUUUUGUUCUGUUUCUUAGAACUCCCGAGUCACACUAGGCAUGAGGCUUCUAUAUAAUAAGAAUAGUAAGUAUAGCAGCGGUUGCUGGCAUCGCCCUGGAUCUCCUUGUUUUCUUUCUUUGAUCCAGUGUUGUUUACCAGCUUGUGAAAGCAGAGCAACCAGAUGAAACUGAUGCUCCUACUGGUCUCUGCCCACCCUGCCUUCCUAGAAGAUGCCGGUCAAUGAACAACACAUUUCCUAACAUGGAACAUCCCCCCCGAUGAAAUAUUCCAAAAGGAAACUUCUGAAUCUGGAUUCUGCUUCUGCUUUCCAUCCCACCAUUUUCUCCUCCCCUCCUAUACUCCCCCCCCCCUUUUUUGGAGCAGGGUGUCAUUGCAUAAAUCGCCUCCCUGCUCCAGCUGCUGAGACACAGCUGGCUGAGCUGCCUCUCUCUCUCUCUUUCUCUCUCUCGCUUCCCUGAGCACAGCUGUUGGGCUGUCCAGUGGUGCCCCCCCCUUUCUCCCUCCUCUGUUAACAGAAAAUCACAGAGUAAUAUGAAACGGCUUGGCAGGGGCUGCUUUUAUUUUUUAUAAAAAAAAGAAAAUCCACUUGGCUCAUCAAACCAAAGUUUAAUGUAAAGUCUACUCCUCUCUUCCCUCCUGCCCCCCACUCAACACUCCCCUCCAAAUAGCUUUGUCAAUUUCCAGCAAAGUUUGCCACUGCUGCAGACACUGUGUGCAUUGAUUUCUCUCUUUCUUCCUUCCUGCUGUGUUGCAUUGUUGUUUUUUAAAUUAAAGCCAGGCAUGGAGCAUAUGGAAAAGUUUUCUGCCGGCUUUUCUCAUGGCUUUCUACCAACGGAGAAGCAGAGAAGCCCUAAAUGGCCUUGCAUCUUGAGUUUCUUAUGCAUUAUUCCGCUCCUGGGUCUACUGGCUGCCCGGGAAGGUUUGCUUGAGGCGAAAGCAAGAAAGACUGAGGCAGAUCCUGCUCUUCACGGUUUUCCUCCUGGAAUUCCCCCUGCUCUCCGAGAUGGCAAAUUCCCACCCCAUCCCCAUAGCCGGAAGAAACGCUACACGCUCACGCCAGGUCACCUGAAGUGGGACCACUUCAAUCUCACCUACAAGAUCCUGUCUUUUCCUAGGAACAUCAUCAACGAGAGCCAGACAAGGAAGGGCCUGUCUGCUGCUUUCCGCAUGUGGAGCGAAGUCUCCCCCUUCAGCUUCCGAGAGGUGCCACCAAGGGCAGCCAGUGACCUAAAAAUUGGCUUCUAUUCCAUAAACCAUACAGACUGCUUGGAGUCCAGUAUCCACCACUGCUUUGAUGGGACAACGGGAGAGCUUGCCCACGCCUUUUUCCCUCAGACAGGCGAGAUCCAUUUUGAUGACCAUGAAUACUGGAUCGUGGGCAACACGAGAUUCAGCUGGAAAAAGGGCGUUUGGCUUACAGACCUGGUCCACGUUGCAGCCCACGAAAUCGGCCAUGCUUUGGGCCUCAUGCACUCCCUGGACCCCAAUGCCUUGAUGCACAUCAAUGCCACCCUGACUGGGAAAAACACCAUUUCGCAGGACGAGAUGUGGGGGAUCUUCCGCCUUUACGGCUGUAAAGAUCGAAUCUUCAUAUGUCCUUCAUGGUCUCAGAAAGGCUACUGCAGAACGCGCAGGAAGUUUAUGAAGAAAAAUUGUCCGUAUAGCUGCGGCUUUUGCUCAGAAUUCCCGUUCCCAACGGUGAUAACAACGCCGCUUCCCCCGAGGAUGAAAACGAGGAUUGUUCCCGAAGGCAGGAACGUUACCUUCCGCUGUGGCCAGAAGAUCAUUCAUAAAAAAGGCAAAGUUUACUGGUAUAAAGAGAAGGAGCUUCUGGAAUACUCCUAUCCGGGAUACCUGUCUCUGAAUGACGACCACAUGAGCAUCAUAGCCAACGUCAUCAAUGAAGGGACCUAUACUUGUGUAGUGAAGAAAAAGUCUCAGAUCCUCACCACAUAUUCCUGGAGGGUCAGGCUGAAGCACUAGCAGGGAACCCGUUGCAAAGGACUUUGGUAUAACCCAAGUGGUUCUGUCCCAUGUUGGGUUUCCUCUUUUCUGCCUGUCGUUUUGUGUAUCUAACUUUCAGCAAUGCACCCGAUCUUAAAAACGGCAAAGCCCAUCCACAGGUGUGGUUUGGGCAGUGUGUGGGGAGGCUGGGCCUUCCUCCCCAACAGAUUACUGCUUCCAAAAGGAGAUGAGUACAAAAUUCAUCUGGUCUGUAUAUUUUAGUUUUAGCAGGUCAAAGAGAUGGGAGCUAGAAUGGCUGUUUUGUUUAUCUUGCUAGCGUUACGAAAAGAGAGUCUGUAAAAUGUAUUGGGGGGGACCCAAAGAAAGCCCACACACCUGUGGACAUCUAGGUCUGGAGAGGUCCCAACAGCUUUGGGAAGUGGAAAUAUCUAGUGGCUACCAGAUGGAGAAUAACCAAAAUGUCACCUUGGUAAUAAAUUCAGCUGCAAUAUUGCUAUUGCUGCAGUUAAUAUUGAUUUUCCUUACAAAAGCGAUGAAAUGAUAAGAUGUAGAAGCAGGUGAUGGGGAACCUUUGGCCCUCCACUUGUUGCUGUGCUACAACUCCCUGCUUGCUGGUGCUGGUGGGAAUUGUAGUUCAGCGGCACUUGAAAAUGCUACGUAGCUCCUAGGUGUAAAGAUCGCAUAUUCCUCAGAGUAACAAAAAAGAUUUAUCCACCAUGAGCCAUCAACUCUCUGAUUUGCUUUCUGUGAUGGCAACUCAAGCAAGCUUACGAGACGCUGUUAAAUUCCUUGCAUAUGUUGUGAUGCACUUAUCCGUCGGUCGAGCCUCUUGAAGAGCUGUCUACAGCUUCUGGAAAGCUAAAGGACAGUUGAUCCUCUAGGAAUUUCACUGGUAAAUUACUGCGGUUCUCCUGUUUGAAUAAAGUGCUUCCUGACUCUGCCGUCA